CUCGCCAUUGUUGUAGAUCCAUUUUUCCAACCCUAAAUCAAGACCCGAUACGUAAGAGUUCAGGUGCCAAGGGUUAGUCAUGGCAAAUCAGAAAGGCGCUCUCGAGGGAUUCUACAGACUCAUCAUGCGCCGUAACUCCGUCUACGUCUCCUUCAUCAUAGCCGGCGCUUUCUUCGGCGAACGGGCUGUGGAUUACGGUGUUCAUAAGCUCUGGGAAAGCAAGAAUGUUGGGAAACGGUAUGAAGACAUAUCUGUGUUGGGUCAAAGGCCAGUUGAAGAAUGAUAUUUCUCCUUUUUAAAAAAAUUUCUCUGGCUAAAAGAAAGAAACGGAAUUUUCCAUUUUGUUUUGCACUCCACGACGUCUCCUCCAUCUUUUGUUGAAUAAAUGUGAUGAUUUUCAUAUUUUCACCUAAACCGCUGUUUGUUUCUGAUUAAUUGAUUUUUUUUUUUUUUUGCAUUGUUCAAUAUGAUAAAAUUCCCUUUGUUGGAUCCUAGAAAGAAACAAGAUUAAGUUUUUGAGUCACCGUCGAUACACUAUAGAGCA